UUAUAUAGUGUGGUUUGUUUUGUGUGAUAAGAGCCGUUCACCUUUCCAGUCGUCAUAUCGACAUGGAGAUCUUGGGGCUUGUGGACGUGCCGCUGUAUCUUCUACUGAGCUUGGCGGCCACAGUGCUGAUCUACAUAUAUGGAAGAUGGAACUACAAUUACUUCAAGAAGCAGGGCGUUCCAGGGCCAGAACCAACGUGUUGUAUUGGAAACAACACUGGUGCGAAUUUCGGACAUGAUCUGUACGCCUGGAGUAAGCGAUAUGGAGGUGUUUUUGGAAUCUUCUUUGGAAGAUCUCCCGCCUAUGUUAUCUCGGAUCUUGAAAUUCUGAAAGAGGUUAUGGUCAAGAGUUUUGACAAUUUCAGAAACCGGGUGGUACUGCCAGCGCCCUACCCUAUGAAUUGUGCUUUGGUUUUCUUGGAAGAUGCCGCGUGGAAGAGAGUGAGAAGUACCAUAACUCCCACAUUCACUGGUGUCAAACUGAGGCGGAUGUGCGGAGCCAUCAACGAUUGUGCAAGGACUCUUACAACAAAUUUCUCGAAAGUCUUGGGAAAGAAGGACGGGGUUACUGUAAAAGAAUACUUUGGAGCCUUCUCUAUGGAUGUGAUUUGCCAAACGGCCUUUGGGAUUAAGGUUGAUUCACAAACUGAUUUCAACCACCCGUUUGUCGUUCGUGCUAAGAAGUUAUUCCGACCAUCAAAGCUGGGAAUUGCAUUCUCUGUAUUGUCAGCCGCUAUUCCAGCACUUGAACCAGUCAUCAGUAAGCUCGGCUUGGGAGUCUUUCGAAAAAAAGACAUUGCCUUCUUUGAGAAGGUCACCAAAGAAAUGAUGCAACAGAGGCGGAAUGAUAAAACACGCCAACAAGAGGGACCAACAGACUUCUUGCAAAUGAUGAUGGAUGCUUCGAUAAAUGAGGUGAAAGACAACAGCAACGCUGAUGGUCAAACGGUCAAACAUUCAGUCAGGCAUCUAUCGACGGAAGAAGUAGUUGCUCAGUGCAUACUGUUCUUUGUCGCUGGUUAUGAAACGACUGGGACAUCCCUUUCUUUCAUAUCUUACAACCUGGCCAUGAACCCGGGUGUGCAGGAGAAGGCUUACAAUGAAAUCAAAGAAAUAUUGGGAAAUGAAGAACCAAACUAUGACAACAUUGGGAAACUGAAGUAUCUGGAUAACGUGAUCACAGAGACGCUCAGACUCUACCCACCGGCUUAUGUGUUUGACCGAACUGUUUCUGAGACCACUCAAAUCAAGGGCCUAACGUUCUCUAAGGGUCAAAGUAUCUUCAUUCCUGUAAUGGCUAUUCACAGAAAUCCUCAGCUCUACGAGGAUCCUGAUUCCUUCAAGCCAGAAAGGUACAGACUGAC